UAUAACGGAACCUCGACGAUGAAUCUGUCGUUCGCCAUCCUGUUGAUCAGAUUUCUCUGUCUAUUUGACCUGGCAGUUUCCACGAAUCAUAGCAUCGGUCGGACCAAAAGGGAAUUCGAGACGAAAUAUCUGGUAUUUCCUGAGGGAAGCAAUGUUCAGCUGGUAUACUGCAUGACCAUAAACAGCUACGCGAGGCCUUCCGGCUCGCUCAGCUUAGGAGUUACCGCGGGUCAGGCAUGGCAGUUGCCUUCGAAGAGCAUGCUGUCGAACAAGUUCGGGGAUUAUCAUCGUCGAAGCAGAAGAGAGUUGUAUCGCAAAGUGGAGCUGCUGCUAGGAAGUCAGGGCAACGACGGGAGGUCCUGCGUCCUUAAGGCGAUCUGCAACGCGGCGACAAGAAGUCGACACCAGAUUGGCAACGGAUCGUUCCUUCAGGAGAUUACGCACGCCGUAUUCGCAAUACCGGAGAUCGGCGACACGGAAUCGAUGACCGAUUACGAGAAAGCUUACUUCUGGAAGGAGGAGUGCGAACAAGCGCGAGAAAAAUGUCCAAACGUGUUCUGAACAGAGAGAACCUUCGUUUUACGAAUGAC